AUGUUGAUGUCUCGUCAGACGGCCUUUCUGUGGAGAGCAUCAUACGCAAAUGCAUCUAAUGACGUGCCAACUUGCCCAGAAGAUAUGUCGGGGCCUGCUUGGGCAAGCCUCCUAUUCGGAGGGGCUAUAUGCCAAUAUUGCGGUGCUAGACCAAUCAUGAAGGUCAUCUUCGUUUUGCGCCGUCGCGUGUGCAACUCGUGCAUGAAAACUCACCUUGAUACCCCGGAAAAGUAUAUCGCAGAGAUGAAGUCGAAAGCUCCUUUUAUAUGUGAAUUCACGGACAGCCUGCCUUAUACAGAUUACGUUCUCAAUAGCCAUGGCAAGAUGCUCUUGGGGGAAUACUGGUGGGACGAAGAUGUUCGAGCUUUGAUUGGCGAGCUGAGCGCCAUCUAUCGACGUAUCUCUGCUAAGCCAUUGUACGAGCAAAAGGAGAUCAUGCAGGAAUUGCGAGCCACCAAAGAAACGGCCUUUCAAGCGAGGAUGAACCAUGCAACGAUCUGCUCUGAAUGGGUACAGCGGGUGGAGCUGGAGCGAAUCAACGAACUCAACGAACUCAGGAGCAAGCGCAUUGCCGAGUAA